UGCGCUGCGCCGCGUCAAAAAUAGGAUUCAUCCUAUAUUUUAGAAAUUCCUUGCGGCGAGGAGCUUCUGGGACGCUUCGAGCCGCGGCGCAGCGCGGCGCAGCGCGGCGCAGCGGGUCUGGUGGAAUAGCACCGAUUGACUAGAGUGGCCGCGAUCGCUAAAAACGCCGCAGGCGCAGCGCAGACGCUUCCGGUGGGAUCAGGGGGUAAGAGCAUGUGAUGAAGUAGAAAGGGAUCAAUACACAGAGAAAAAGGACCAUUGUGUCCCUAGACUGUGAAAUGGAUUGAGAGGAGCUUUAUACACUCGUAAUCUUACAAAGAAUGCCGGCUAUUUAAAAGUUAUAAAGGGGAUUUCCUGCAUUCUUGGUGUUUUUAUGGAAUAUCCUGCAUCAUGACUACUAGAUCGUAUGUGAACAAAUAAAGCAAACAUUCCAGUUGUUCUGCCUGGCUCUUCAGGUGCAGCCAAAAGAUGGUCAUCUUAGCCCAGAAACUGCAGAAUGAAAUGAAUGUCUCAUCCAACUUUUGUUAAGAAAGCUAAUUUGCAUAUUUAUCCAAAUAUUGAACUACCCUCUUAAACUGUUUCUGCAUGCACUUAAUCAAAUCCAAUUCAAUGUCUCAUAACUGACUGUCCAUCAAGUUAUUACACCUUCUUAAAUAAACUCAGUUACCAGUUUAUUAUGUACACCGAGCUACGGUCCUGUAAUGAAUCCUCCUUCCUGAUGUCUAAUGUGAAGUUUUUAACAAUUCCCCAAGUUCUGAUCUAUCACUGUAAUCAAGUUUUUCUUGUGUGCAUGUUAACAUUUCUGAUGGAUUACAAAAUCCCAUUUCAGUCAGCAUAGCUUCACAAAUAGCUAGAAUGUCUAAUCAACAUCCUCAAAUGUCUAUUUCACUAUUCUUGUUAGGUGCUCAGUAAGUGAAGGCAUCCAAGUGGAUUGCUAACCAAAGGAACCCAUGGAGGGUAAAAGCUCAGGACCUUCAUGCUCUGGCCUCAAUCUGGUAGCACACCCACGGGCAAAAAGCAAAGUCUGGAAAUACUUUGGCUUCGACACAGAUGCAGAUGGCUGCAUUCUGCACUGGAAACGAAUAUACUGUCGAGUAUGUAUGAGUCAAAUAGCUUACUCUGGAAACACGUCCAAUCUUUCGUACCACCUUGAGAAGAACCACCCUGUGGAGUUCAGUGAGUUUGUGAAGAGCAACACGGAUCAGAUGCGCGAGGCGUUUGCCACAGCAUUCUCCAGGAUAAAGACCGAGCCUACAGGAACACACGUUCAGCAACCAUCCCAGGACACCAACCUAAGGCAGAACCUAAACUAUGAAAACAGACGACAUAAUGAUCUGACAAUAGCUGUCAUCAACUUCAUCUGCGAGGGGUUGUACCCUGUGUCUGUAGUGGAAGAGCCUACUUUCAAGACCUUGAUGAGCACCGUCGAUCCUGGAUACUCUCCACCGAGCAAGAGCGAUCUGGCACUGAAGAUGCUUCCUCAGAUGUACUGCCGAACCCGGGACAUGGUGUUUAAUGAGCUUGCUGGGGUUCUGAAUUGUGGGGUCACUACAGACCUCUGGCAAAGCCAAACCCAGAACAGGACAUACAUUUCCCUCUCAAUGCAUUCAGUUAAUCACAACAAUGCAACUGGUUUCUCCAUGACCAACAAGUGCCUUAAAACGUUUGAAGUGCAGGACGACAACACAGCUGAGAACAUCACCAGAGCGAUGUAUGAAACUUUUGUUGAAUGGGGGAUAACUCAUAAAGUCAUUGGGGCCAACACAAAUGGUUCUGUGGACAUAGUGAAAGCAUGCUCUCUCCUGGAGCUGUCAGUAGAAAUGCCUUGCCUUGGACACACCGUCAAUCGCGCCCUGGAUGAAGCGCUCCAGCUGCCGCGAGUCGACAGCUUUUUGGGAAGUUGCCGCAAACUUGUUGAUCACUUUAGAGAACCGACAAUCUACCUGCUGAGGGAGAGGCAGAAGCAGCAUGGCCUCGCUCAAUGCCCACUCAUCACAGACAGGGGCAGGUCUUGGUUGGCCACGUUGGCGAUGCUACAAAGACUGAAGGAGCAACAGGUGGCUGUAACUGCAACACUGAUCGAGGGCUCCAGCAGCCAUCAUUUCAGCUUCGAUGGCCCUGACUGGACCUUUUUAGAGGGCUUGAUUGAAGUGCUCCAGCCUUUUAAAGUAGUGGCAAAUAUGUUCACUUCCUGCAGGUACCCAACCAUUAGCAUGGUCAGGCCGGUGCUUCAUAUGUUGUUGAACACCACCCUUAAGGUCAACGAAGGGGACCUCAAAGAGAUCGGCAUGGCCAAAGAAGUCAUAGCAAAGGUCCUAUCAAGCACUUAUUCACAGAACACACAGCUGUCACAAGAAAUCUCAACGUUCCUGAACAUCGCUACGUUCCUGGAUCCCCGGUACAAAAAGCUUCCUUUCCUGUCCACACAGGAGCGCUCCAAGGUGGAGAGUAACAUCGUAGAGGAGGCGAAAGCAAUCCUCGAGAAGCAGAUUGGAGAGCGGCCACCAUGCGUUGAAGAUUUCUCCGUGGUGUCUGACGAGCCACCGAGCAAAAGGCCUCACAGAGAGUCCGCCGGCAGCGCAACCCAAGAGAACCCUUUGGCCGCCAUAUUCUGUCAGUCCGAUGCAGACCAGAGCCAGGAGGAGCUGCACGCACAGGUGGUGGAGGAGCUGAGCAACUACAAAUCACAGAGAGUCCUGGGUCUGAAUGAAGACCCUCUGCUGUGGUGGUCCAGCCAUGCUCUCUUGUUCCCCACCCUCCCCAAGGUGCUGCAGAAGUACUGGUGUGUUCCCGCCACCAGUGUGCCAUGCCACCGGCUGCUGAGCUCCUCUGGGACUGUUCUGUGUGGGAAGAGGAACCGCAUAGCUCCAGCUUUAGUGGAUCACCAGGUCUUCCUGUACGAGAACUCACGGAGCUACUAUGAGCCUGAACCCUGUGAGGAUGACUUGGACAAUGUUUGGGAAGGAAACUGUAGUCUCGGUCCGCCGGUGGAAUGACUGUUUGCUAAAGAGUGCUGAUGACUCCCGGCACACUAUUAAUACACUGUGGGGAAAUGCCUAGUUGCAUAUCUUUAAAACGUUUCAGAUAAGAAGAUUGUUAUCACUUCAAUGUCUGUGGAUGGAUCUUAAUGGCUUAAGUAAUCUGCUUUUCAUCUCGUGCUAUCAAAGUUCUCAUUUCCCACAUUAUUUUUGUAUAUUACCAAAUACCUAAAUUAUCUAUUAAAAUAACUUAUUUUGGAUUUUACUAAGUCUGUACAGAAAAUGUAGUUAACAGAAAUAAACAGCAGAAGCAGCUGGGAUAUCUUUAUUAUUAUGUAAUCAAUUAGGAAUAUUAAAAAAAGAAUUAGGCUCUUUGACUGAACUUUGGGGCUGGAUUUUGUACUGUAUAUAUAUAUAUUGCAAACCCUAUCAAUGGCAGAGUUUUAAAAAUGACUUGCUUUGCAGAACACUGGCACUUUUAUGAUGUGAAGGAAAUGUUAAAAAAGUAAAGAUUUUGUUUUCAAAAUGUG